UCGAAGAAUAAAGGAUGCCGAUGUUCCCUUCUAAUCAGACUCGGGCCCUUUUAUUCCCCUUCUGCUGAUCUGUCAGAGAAGCUCAGCUCUUUCUCUUCCAUGGAGUCUUCAGAGGAAUGCAGCAGCAGUGAAUCAGGAUGGACUAAGUACCUAGCCUCCCCCAUACAUGAUGAUGACGAUGACGAAGGCGGCGAUGAUGAUGAUGGAUAUGGGCACGAAGAUGGUGGGGUUGAAGAUCAUGGUAGUAGGAAACGCAGCAAGAAUGAUAGUGAUGAUGAUAAAGAUGACAACGAUGAUGACUCCAUGGCGUCUGAUGCAUCAAGUGGUCCAUCAUCAUACAUAGGCCAUGGGGAGGGAAGUAAGCCCAAGAAUGAGAGAGGUGGUGGAAAAAACCAGAAGGUGGAGGCAAAGAAAGAGGAGAGACGGACAAAGGGCUCAAAGGAUUCUAAGGGUCCAACAUACUUGAGUCAGGAAAAAGAAGCGUCCCGAUCAUGUGCAAAAUAUAUGCUCUAGUAUGUUGUUGGAUCAUGACUUCUGAUGCAUCUUCUGGCAAAGGGUUUGCAAAAUUCUACUUUAGCCACUUCAAUCUAAUAUGUCCUCCAGGCAAAGACUCCAGCGUGUUGUGGAACAUGUUACUUGACAUUACACCCGAGUCAUUUUUUAAGUGCAAAGCACUUUGAGAUAACGAGAUUUGAUUUUCAAGCAUGCGGGAGAACUCUCCGUGAGCAUAUGAAACUUGGGCAACCCCAGACAUUGGAAUAUUUUCAAUGAACAACUCGAUUGAGAUUUGUUUUUCCGCAAGUUGUAUCAUGUCAUUAAACUCUUCAUCAUUG